AUGUCCACCCCCCGCACCUACCGCGGCAACUGCCACUGCGGCGCCUUCGUCUACGAAGUCGACACCCCCGACGGCAAGGACAUCACCUCGGCCAGCGAGUGCAGCUGCAGCAUCUGCUACAAGCGGGCGUACCUGUGGCUGGUGCCCAAGACGCCGGUGCGGGUGGUGAAGGAUGAGGGGUUGCUGGUUGGGUAUGGGUUUGCGGGGAGGAAUUUGGAUCAUCAGUUUUGUGGCAAGUGUGGGACUACGGUGAUAGCGAAGAGUGCCAUGUUUCCUGCUGGGAUGGGUAUCAAUGUCCGAACCAUCCAAGGCUUAGACAUCUGGGGUCUCGAGAUCAAGCCAUUCAACGGCGACACCUUCGAGCCCAAGUACGUCGCUCCCACCUUCACCGGCGAGGACCCGGCCCCAGCCGAUUUCGAAAAGGACGGCAAAACCUACCACGGGAGCUGCCACUGCGGCGCGGUGACCACCUCCGUCCGCGUCCACGGCUCGCUCGAAGACGGCACCUAUCCCGACCGCAUCAUGGAGUGCAACUGCAGUUUCUGCCGGCUGGGCUCCGUCUGGAUCUACCCCACCACCUCCCAAUUCGCCCUCACCGGCCGCGACAACCUCACCUACUACACCUUCGGCAACCGCAUCUGGCAGAAGCUGUUCUGCAAGACCUGCGGCGUGCAGGUGGGGUCGGAAGUGCGGCCGGACAUGAGCGAGGCCGAGGUGGCUGCGCUGCCGGAGGCGUACCAGCAGCAUCGGGCUAAACAUAUCGACACGGUGCCGUUGAAUUUGAGGGUGCUGAAUGGGUUUAGUGUGAAGCAGGUGGAAGCUCAGAGGGGGGAUGGAUGGGGGUUGCAGAUGCCGCAGUAUGUGUAUCCUUAG